GCUGGAGCGGCCCCGGCGCUGUUGAACGGAACGGGGUGCACCCCGAGUCCUGUUUGCGGGUGUCAGAGGAAGCCAGCUGGGCUGUUCUGCCCGGGUUUGGGCUGUCGGGGUUGAGGAUCAGCGCUGGGGGAAUCCUGUAGCCCCCUCGGUUCUUUGGCAGAACCGGGGGGGUUGUUCUCUCUCGGUGCUUUGGGGGUUGUUCUGGUUUUGUUGGUAGUUUCUGCUCUUUUGCCUAAUUUUAACGUUUAUUCUUAUGGGUAAAAUGAAUCAUCCACGUGAAAUGCUUCUGCUGGCCUUAGCGUUUUAAAAUGUUUUUGUUACGUGACAACAAAUGUAUUAAGAGGUUUUAAACGGUAAUACAUUCCUUUGCCAUUACCAAACAUUAACUGUCUGUGCAAAAUGAUUUUCUAGGGCAAUACGUGAGACUUGCCCACGACAUUUAAGGAUGUGUUGAACUGUAAAUAAGUGAUCUGUGCUCUGAGGAGUCACAUGUAGGAAAAGUGAAAGUGUUUUGGUUUAGUGUAUUUUAGCUGCCUUGACUAAGAAAUACCUAAAACGUUACGAAUGCUGAACCUUUAUAAAGCAUAUGCUAUCAGUGACACAGCCUUAAUGCCCUACAAGCUUUAAAACUGUUUUUAGGACAUUGAUGGUGUAUAUUUUCUGCUGUGUUGGCCUAAUGCUAGUUUUCUCACCUGGUUUCUCUGUGAAAAUCAAAUUGUCUUACCUUGCUGCUUUCUAGGAAAUGCUCAUUCUUAAGGGCUUUAACAGUGCCAGUGUGUAAUCCUGAAUAUAGGAGGACUUGUUUGACCUUUAACUGUCACUUCUAUUUUUGCUUUCUGCUUUUAAUAUUAAUAGUUAUUUGGCAUGUGGUUAAUCUGUCUUUUAAUGUAACACAUUUAUUAAAUAUAGAUCAAAUACUUUUCUCUUUGUAAGCACUGUGGUAUAAUAUACUAUUUGUAAGCACAAUUGUGCACGGUCUGUGUUGAUUUCAAACAGUCUAGAAUUAGUUGGAGUAAUUGAGUCAGUAACGUUUUGUUCAAUGCUUAAGACCUGAGGAAAAACAAAGUACUUCUUCUUCAUGCUGUCCACUGAUUUUUAAUUUAUUCUAGUUCUUUCCAUCAAUGUCUCUUUUCAAGUGGAAAGAAGAUUGAGAAGGAUUUUUUUGUCUCACUUUUUAAUUGAAUAAUGUUGAGAAGUUGUGUGUAGUUAAAAUUUCUUCACAAGUGAACGUGGGUGGUGGUGCAGGAACUGGCAUUUGCGGUGUUCAGAGGUGACACCAUUCCUUGGGCUGUGCACACACAGCCCUGAGUUUGCAGAGCUGUGAGCUGGUGGAAGUUAUCUCCUGGUUGCAAAUUGUAGCUAUAGCUAGGAAAUAGCAGGUGCCCCUGGCCAGGAGCUGGAGCCACCAUGUAGAGGGGUGAGCAUCACCUUGAAGGGCAGGAAGAGCUUACAGCCCCAGAGUUACACUGGUGAUUAAGUGCAAAUGCUACUUUGUUGCUAUUAAAAAAAUAAGCCUGUUUCUAAAACACAAGUUUUACUGGGGAUGAAUGGGGAAAUAGUAGUUUCAUUAUUUGCAAAGUUGUUUUUUUUUGAACAGUAGUCUUCAGGCAAGAAGUCACAGUACUUCAAAGUACUGUCUGCUCCUAGCAUGUCCUUACUGUCACUUGCUGAUGACUAAUAUUGUUUGUAGUCCUGUUCUUGAGUUUUGUUGUAGAUUUAACUGGUCAUACUGAAGGUGGUCUCCUGGGUUUUAAGAGUCAAACUUACUUCAGUAUAAUGUAAACAUUAAUUAAUGGUUGAAGUAUGAUGGGAAAGAAAGUAGUUUUAAUGUGAGCUCAAGAUUGAUGAUUGCCAGCCUCCAGCUCAAGUAAUCACCAGAUCUAUUUUUGUUGUUGUUUAAUCCUUCUCUGUUGCCAGUAAUAAAUAUGCUUUGCCUAUGACUACACAAUCAUCGGAAAUUUUAAUAGCAGGUGAAGUUUAAAAAAUUUAGGGUGGCCUGUUCCUUCUGUUUGUUUUUAAGUGAUCCUGGAAACCAAGAAUGGAGGGUCCAUCUCUGUUUUGUCUGUUUAAUAGUGAUUUACAAAUGUGCCAAGUACAGUACCCUUACAGACUUGAAAUGUCUUAUUUGCUUGUCACUAAAAAUUGUAUGUAGUUACAGUGUCCUUGGCCUUUUAUGUUUCAGCACAAUGUUUAAAUCUGACUGCAUUAAUAAUGUUACUAAAUUCCUUGUUUUCGGAGGGAAAACCCAGAAAUGCACCUUGCAAAACACAUUUUAAACAUCUGGGGAAAUUAAAUUAUUAAUGUUAGAGUAUACACUUACCUGUAAUAAAGGCAUCUUUUUUCUACAGAUAGAAAUGUCAUGAAACAUGGAAUUACUGUGCAUUAAGAUAAGUGUUCUGGUUGCUAUUUUUAAUGAUUCCCUGGAAGCCUCACUGGCAAUUCAAAUGUUGAAGUUAUCAAGCAGGAGGUAAUAGCAGUGGGAAGUGUGUUUUUGUUUUUGCAGUUCUUGACAGACUCCCAUCCCUACUUGUGUAUGUACAAACCAGCUGUCGUCUUGUGAGAUGAAUCAAGUGGGGGUGGGGAGAAAAGAGCCAUUUUUGAGUGUGUCCAGCAAGGAGCUCUCCUGUCAAUGUCAUGGCACACGUGGGAUGAAAGAGGUUUCAGAGGCUCCUGCUCAAGACACCCAGAUCAAAGCAGUGCAAUUAUUCUUCUACAACUACCUUUGAGAUGCGCAGACUGUUCCUCUCCGCUGUACUUUCAGGUUUCCCAGCACAAACAUCAAGAUAACAUUCACAGCUCUGUCCAAUGAAAAGAGAGAAAAACAGGAGGCCCCCGAGUCCCCAGUGAAGCCUGUGCAACCCCAGAUCUCUCCCUUAACAAUAAACAUUCCAGACAACAUGGCUCACCUGAUCAGCCCUCUCCCUUCUCCCACAGGAACUAUCAGUGCUGCAAAUUCCUGCCCAUCGAGCCCCCGCGGCGCAGGCUCUUCAGGGUACAAAAUGAGUCGUGGAAUAGCAUCUGACCUACAUUUGAUGGCUGACAAUUCACAGUCAGAAAACGACAAGGAAGCUUCGGGGGGAGACAGCCCAAAGGAUGACUCAAAGCCACCCUACUCCUAUGCACAGUUAAUAGUCCAAGCAAUUACAAUGGCCCCGGAUAAGCAGCUUACACUAAAUGGAAUUUAUACGCACAUAACUAAAAAUUAUCCCUACUACAGGACAGCAGACAAGGGCUGGCAGAAUUCAAUACGUCACAAUCUCUCUCUGAAUCGUUAUUUCAUCAAAGUACCACGUUCCCAGGAAGAACCAGGCAAAGGCUCAUUCUGGAGGAUAGACCCUGCCUCUGAAAGCAAAUUAAUAGAGCAGGCUUUUAGGAAAAGGCGGCCUAGGGGAGUACCUUGCUUUAGAACCCCUCUGGGACCACUCUCUUCUAGAAGUGCCCCAGCUUCUCCUAAUCACUCUGGAGUGUUGUCUGCACACUCCAGUGGCGUCCAGACCCCCGAGAGCCUGUCCAGGGAAGGGUCUCCUGUCCCGAUGGAACCUGAGCCCAGCGCCAUCCAGCCAAAACUCGCCGUCAUACAAGAAGCGCGAUUUGCACAGAGUGCCCCAGGAUCACCUCUCUCUAGCCAGCCAGUUUUAAUUACUGUACAACGGCAGCUACCACAAGCUAUCAAACCCGUCACUUACACUGUUGCAACUCCCGUGACAACAUCAACCUCCCAGCAGCCUGUAGUUCAGACAGUUCAUGUUGUGCACCAGAUCCCAGCUGUGUCAGUCACCAACGUGACUGGAUUAGCACCAGCAAACACUUACACUGUCGCAGGACAGGCGGUCGUCACACAAGCUGCUAUGGUCACCCAGCCCAAGGUAGAACCUCAAGAGAAUGGAGACCACAAGGAAGUCAAAGUGAAAGUGGAGCCUCUCCCUGCUAUUAGCCAUGCUGCAAUAGGAGCUGCUGGCCGCAUCAUCCAGACGUCGCAGCCCACCCCCUUACAGACAGUUACCAUAGUGCAGCAGGCGCCGCUGGGCCAGCACCAGCUGCCCAUCAAAGCUGUCACACAGAACGGAACGCACAUCGUGCCCCUGAGCGCCGCCGUGGCGGGGCAGGGCAGCGCGGCUGCUGCAAGUCCUUUGCAUAUGUUAGCAACCCACGCGUCCGCAUCGGCAUCGCUUCCCACCAAGCGCCAGAACGGAGACCAGUCGGAACAGCAGGAACUCAAACGUAUCAAAACAGAGGAUGGAGAGAGCAUAGUCAUAGCUGUGAACGUGGACACCCCACCCGUGGCAGUGAGUGACAAAGGCAGCCAGAACUAGAAACUUUAGGGGAGUUUUCUUUUUUUUUCUUUUUUUUU